AUGUCUCUAGCAAAUAUGGAUAACAACGACUUAGCCCGCGCCUUCUCCACCGUCACUAACGCCGCAGAAGAACGUAGCACUGUCAUCCUAGGAGCUGGUAUCAUUGGCUUAUCGACGGCAUACUACUUAUGUCUUGGUGGCAAUACACGACCAGAUACUGUCCAUCUUGUCGAGGCAGCAGAUGAGAUGUUUGCUAGUGCUAGUGGACGCGCUGCGGGGUUUUUAGCUAAAGAUUGGUUCGGGCAAGCUACUGCCUCUUUGGGCGCUUUAGCCUUUGAUCUACACAAGGAGCUAGCAGAGAAGCAUAACGGCAAGAAAGAAUGGGGUUACAGUCCCAGUACCGGCACCAGUCUCGCGGAGGGCUCCGCCCCUAAGGACGCACCACGAGGAGACGACUGGCUCCGCACCGGCGGCUCUCGAGCCGAAGUCGCAGGCACCCAUUCUUUCUCCGGUGACGCUGUUGGUCCGGCUUGGUUGACUCGACGCAAGGGAGAUAGGAUCGAAGUUAUUAGCGAGGACGCGACGGUCGCUCAAGUCGAUCCGUUGAGGUUGUGUAGAUGGUUGUUGAAGGAGUGUUUGAGGAUGGGUGUUAGACUGCAUCAACCCGCUAGAGCUGUGAAGUUGAGUCGGGAUCAGAGGGGGGAGAUGAGUGCGGUGAGGUUGAGACAUGGGAGUGGUGCUGGUUUUAGGAUUCCUUGUACGAGAUUACUUAUCACGGCUGGAGCGUGGUCGGGGAGGGUGUUUGGGGAAUUGUUCCCUGAUAGUGCUUUGGAGUUGCCCGUGGGGCGGUUGGCGGGGCAUAGCAUUGUUGUUAAAAGUCCGCAGUGGCAGGCUGAGCAUGAGGUUGUGGGAUGUCAUGCUGUUUUUACUACGCAGAUGGAUGGGUUCAGCCCGGAGGUUUUCAGUCGGGUGGGUGGGGAGAUAUAUGUUGCUGGGUUGAAUGAUCCGGGUCUUGAGCUGCCGGAGACUGCUACGGAGGCGAAGGUGGAUGGGAAGUGUAUUGAUGAGUUGAAAGCGGUGGCGAAGAGGAUGUUGGGGCGGGAUGGAACUGACAUAAGUGAUUUGGAGGUUGUGAAGGAGGGGUUGUGCUUUCGACCCACUACGCACAAGGGUACUCCGCUUAUAGCACAUAUCCCGGAUGACGAGCUAGGUCCUGGAAUUGAAACCAAGAUGCCGCCGGAUGGUGGUGUUUUUGUGGCUGCUGGGCAUGGACCUUGGGGUAUCAGUCAGAGUCUUGGUACUGGGAAGGUGAUGGCGGAGAUAUUGGAAGGGCAGGAGCUGAGCGCGGAUGUUAGGAGGCUUGGAUUGUGA